GUGUCUGCCCGAAGGGUACCAAGUACGUCUGUGAGUUGCGCAGCGGUGAGGCGCGCUACUGUCUGCAGGAGGUCUUCAUCUGCGACGGAGUACGACACUGCAAAAACGGAGAGGACGAGGGCGUCGACCUCUGCAAGAGGGGGAAGAUAGCUACAACCAUAUACGAUCCCAGAUUGUACGGAAACGCCUCGAAGCUCUUCGGCGAUCGUGACUCCUGCCAACUGGAGAACUACAAUCAGCCGGUGUGUAACUGUGUCUACAACACUCGCCUGGAGUGUGACGACAGACAACUGACGCGGAUACCGGGCAACGUCAGUCCAAACGUCACGCGCAUGUACUUGCAUCGAAACCGGAUCGUCCUCCACAAGGGUGAUCUGGACAAAUACAAGAAACUAACGAUGAUAAACCUGAAUGACAAUGGCAUCGAAGAUAUUCCGGAGGGUCUUUUUGCAAACCAAGACAGUCUUUUCAAGCUAUUGCUGCGAAGGAACCGGCUGACUCGUCUGCCGGAGAUGGCGUUCUCUGGCGCCGGCUCGUCUCUGACGCAGCUGCUGAUGGACCAGAACCUGCUGACCCACAUGCCGCCCAUCGGACACCUCACUCAGCUGCACUUCCUAAAUAUGAGCUACAACAGACUAACUCUAGAAAAUUAUGAGUUCCCAGAGUGCAAGAUACAGAAACUGCAUCUUGACGAUAAUCAGAUUCGGCACAUCACCAACAAAACCUUUCGGAAACUGCUGCAUCUGAAGACGCUGUUCUUGCGAGACAACAGGAUUGAAGAUAUCGCACCGGAUGCUUUCAGUGGUCUGCCCAACCUCACCGAACUCUACCUGUCGGGGAACCGUCUGACGCUGCUGCACCGCUCCUGGUUCGUCACCACGCGGCGGCUCACGGUGCUCGAUCUCGCCUUCAACAACUUCAGAACGUUCCCAGAAGAUGGCUUUCACGAUCUGAUAUCACUUUAUUCCUUGGACCUGAACGGCUUGACCAUAGACAACAUCAGCGAAACGAUGUGGUCUCCUCUACACGAACUCAGCAAAAUACGUUUUGCCCGAUUCUCCGAUUGUGCCUACACCCCUCGAGUGAAGAACUGCGAGCCACGAACAGACGGCGUGUCCUCCAUGGAACACCUACUGGACACCACCGUACAUAAGGCCAUGAUCUGGCUGAUAGCUCUGAUGACCGUCACUGGAAACUUGGUGGUACUGUGGGGCCGUGGAUUCCAGAGAGCCGACGAUAAUAAGAACGUCAGCGUACUCAUCUGUAACUUGGCAGUGGCUGAUCUGCUGAUGGGCAUCUAUUUGUUUGUGCUGGCCUUCAAAGAUCUCGAGUACCGGGGCGAUUAUAACGAGCACGCUGCUCACUGGAGAGACUCACCACUGUGCGUCAUCAGCGGUGUGCUGGCUAUGACGUCAUCCGAGGUGGCGGUGAUGAUAAUGACGUUCAUGUCUGUGGACCGGUUUCUGGCCAUCGUGUACCCGAUGAUCCGACAGAGAGCCAGUAACCACAUGUCGCGCACGGUGCUGGGCUUCAUGUCGGUCAUCUGGACGGUCGGCCUGAUCAUCGCCCUCGUGCCAGUCUUCUACUGGAGAAGCUACAGCACCUUCUACGGCAUCAACGGCAUCUGCUUCCCCCUGCACGUCCAGCGACCGGACUUUGUCGGCUGGAAGUACUCGGCAUUCAUCUUCCUCGGCAUCAACGUCUUCAGUCUGAUCCUGAUCAUCGGCUCGUACGCGGCCAUGUUCUUCAACAUCCAGCAGACGCGGCGGAACACGCCGCUCGUGGUGAGAGAGGUGGAGGUGGCGCUGCGCUUCUUCUGCAUCGUCGCUACCGACUGCCUCUGCUGGACGCCCAUCGUGGUCACCAAGGUGCUCGUGCUCAUCGGCGUCCAGAUUCCCACUGAGCUUCACGCCUGGAUUGUGGUAUUCGUGCUUCCCAUCAACUCUGCGGUGAACCCGUUCCUCUACACAUUCACCACAACCAAGUUCUACAGCAGGAUCAAGACGGUGACGACCAAGUACAGCAGCUGCAUGCCCAAGGGUCCGCGCAGGGAGUCAGUGAACAACACGGGAUCGGAGAGCGUGGCGUUCACUCAGCGACACAGUCUGCAGGUGCUGCCGCCGACCGCAUCAGAGCACCACGGUCCGUCACCCACGCCAGGCGACCCCCUGCUCGUGGCCAACAACGUGGCUGACUCCAAGUGCUAGAGCAGGGCACAUAGGUGGCGGCCAUGGAGGUUACAGGUCACCACGGAACGGAGUGCGAACGAGAUUUGUCUGGGGGAGAGUUGUGUUGUGCAUUUUUGGGCAUAAGAGUGGUAGAAGUAUGGAGUUGUUGCAAUAAGUAUUGUUGAAAAGAGCUUACAAGUACCUACCACCCUAGUGUAAAACAGUGUAGUUUUGGCUCAGUUUUUCUUAGAUACAAGACCCACCACAUAUGACAGGAAUGGGAGCGAAUUUUCUCUGGUCUGUAGCUACGAGGGAUGAUUUUUUGACAGAGACCUGUGAGCAUUUUCGAACAUACAUAUGAAGGGGGAGCGAGGCAGCUGACAGAGAUGAGGACGAGGCGGUAAAUACUCAUUUCAUCAGAGACGUAUUAUCAUGGCAAGGUAGUCAUUGUCGUCCCUUUUAUACUCAUAUUACUCAUCCCACACUAAAGACACUCACAUGGCUGAUGAUUGAGAUAGAGCUGAGGCUGGUGUGGAAGCGUGUUGGUAUCUGAGUGACGAGCGAAACAAACUAGUGUCAGAGUGAAGUGUAGAUGUGCACAACUAUGGUCCCAGCGUCGUACAAUCAUCAUUUUUUACAAUAUGCAUACUGCAUACGUAGUUGACGUAGUUACGCAUUGUGAGCUUAUUGUGUAGACCUAUUGCAAGAUGUGCUAUGUCAUUUUCCAGCUUAGUUUUAGUAAGCAGUACGCAUUUAUAAUGCGUGAUUCAACGUUUUCAUUCAUUACGCUUUAAGCCAUCAUCAUACUUAGAAUGAAGGCACGACUGCUUUGUAUGCUUUGUAUUUUACCUUGUUUUCUGUACACAUUUUCCAAGCGCUUCAUCUGCAUUAGCGCUUGGCAUCUAGACCGCACAGUUACGGGUGCAUUAAAUUGGACGCAUGAUACUUGUUAAGGUCAUCGGAAGACCUUUUUUUCUCGUGUCACCCGAGCGAGCUUCUGUUGUGUUCUAUGUAAUGUAGUGUUGUGGGGAUUGGGGAUACAAGAAGCUGACGGAACUUUGUGCCGAAGUGAAGCGAACCGCGUCGCUGUCGCCACCAGGCGGCCGCAAUGGUAAGCUCUUGUUGCGUACAUUGACGCCGCCGGCAGCACCUGCCACCGAGCUCCUGACCCGAUGGGGCGUACUGUGUAGUGUGCAGCCAGCUCAGAACAUUGUUUGAGAGUCGGAUAUCGAACAUCAUUCAGAGAGUCAGGAUAUCCUUCUGCUCCGAUUUAUUCAUGUCCACAUACGUGAAAGAUAUAGCACAGUGUCAGACAGUCCUAUCUUCUUACCGUGUGCGUCGUGCACUUCAAAAACACGGGCUGACUGGACUUAUCGCCCCCAAAACGCCCAGUAUCCAUUAGCGUACUAAGCUGGCUUCAUCCAGCGGACCAACCCAACCCACAGCAGCUUGUAGUCGCGUGUCAAUUGUGAGGGUUGGCGGGUGACUCGAUGUCCUUCAUGUUUAUAGAUCGAUGGCCCAGACGCUGAUCUUACGUGUGCCUGGCUCAAGAGUGAAUGUGCAAUGUGCGAUGUGUUUGUCACAAAUUUAGGCUUGUGUAUUUGUAACCAUGUGUGAGAUACCUACUUAACUGUGUUUCAAAAAUUCUGACACAAACGCGAAAAUUGUGACACAAAUGUGGUACAUGCUGCACAAAUCUUGGCGGCUGUUGUACAGAACAACUGUUUCAUGUACCAUUCUGUCGUAGCUGAGUGACCGUAGGCGUAUUUUUUUGUGAGGUGACCCUGCCGGACAUGGUUAUCUCCGGGUCUCUAAUGUGUGUGCCCGUACCUGUGUGAGAACUGAGAUCUGCCCUGGGUAAAUGUACUCAGUGUCAUGUAUUGACCCAAAACUACCCAAGAAGCGUCCCAAGGCCAGUGUAUACGUUUAUUUUGUUUUUCGCGUGUAAAUCAAUGUCAUCAACUGAAGGUAAAUAUAAGACAUCGUAUGUGA